GGGACAUAAUUUGAAGUAAAGUGCAAAGGUAAAUUCCAUUUUUUAGAGUGACUGUGUUUCUAUGCACGGUUGGUUUGGGUAGCUCUAGAGUUCAGUUCACUCUUUGAAUGGAAAUGUGCGCAGGAAUGCGGACUACAUGCCUGCGCCGGCGGAAGGAUUUUCACUGUCAAGACAGGCAGCUGAUAACUUCCGUUGGGGAGGUGUCGAGUUUGUGUCGACGCAGGCAGUCGGCGCUGUUUAUUACACUUUUUUUUUUUGGAGAAAGAGACGUUGCGAGUUUGAACUUGGCAGUAUUGUCAUAACAACACCUCAGCGCUAUACAUAUAUAAUUUACUGGGACGAAAUGGUGGCAAAACAGAGAAUUCGUAUGGCCAACGAAAAACACAGCAAAAACAUCACGCAGAGGGGAAAUGUAGCGAAGACAACGAGAAACCCUCAGGAUGAUAAAGUGUCUGUUGGUCCCUGGUUAUUGGCACUCUUCAUUUUUGUUGUCUGUGGAUCAGCUAUCUUCCAGAUCAUCCAGAGCAUCAGGAUGGGCAUGUAAAGUGGACAGAGCAGCCUUAUUGACAUACUGUCCUGUUAAUUCCAGCCUCCACUCUACCUUUUUCACAAUACCCCACCUGGCAUGGGAAUCUCCAGUAAUAAAGAAUCGAAAGAAUAUCAUUUAAUCUGUCUCUGCCGUAGACUUUCCCACGUAUGCGGCACAGCCAUCAUUCCUACCAGUGCCUUAAAAUAUACAAUUGCCAUGCCAUUGUAAAUGUAACAUUCCAGUCUGGGACCUUGAUUUAAAAAAAAAAAAGAAAAACUUGUAAAUUCAUGUUUAUUUCUGUCUGUUUUAUAAAGUGUAUGUUCCAUGCUUCAUUUGUGUGGUGUACCUUGUGUGUGUUGAGGCUUUUUUUUUUUUUUUUUUUUUUUUUAUAAUUAUAAUUUCCUCUUUAUUUUAAAAGAAGGAUAAUGUGUUUAGGAAAUAUGGUGUUUGUUACUGGCUGCUGCAAGACAACAUACAUAACCAUGAUACUUAGAGCUAAUAACUACAUUACUGUCUUACGCUUAAACUGUAUUGGCUAAGACUCUGUUUGCAGUUGUAGAAAAAAAAAAAACCUGUAAAGGCAUCAUAGCCAGGCCAUAAAAGCACAAAAUUGUGUGUGUGUGUAUAUCAUCUAUCUAUCUAUCUCUAUCUAUACAAUUCCAGGGCCAGAUAUGAAUUCAACCUGAUUGUAAGCAAUGUAUAUCUGUUUUUCCAUUUGUUUAUAAUUCUGUGAAGUUUGCAUGUAUAUUAUGGCUAUUCCCUUGAUCAAAGGGAUUGAAGUUAGUGAAAACUUUGUAAACUAGCUGCAACCUGUUGCAUUUGUUAAAACAGACUGCCAUUUAAAACCCUGUGAAACAAAUAAAAAUGAGAAAUUGUUGUAA